GCCACAACGCGCCCGCGCAGCUGGAGCGGCUGCGGGCGCGGCUGGCGGAGGCCGCACAGAGGAGGGCCGGGCUGGUCGAGCUGGGUCUUCAGCUGGGCUCGGAGGCGGACCGCAAGGACCGCGCGGCUGCCGCGCUGCGAGAGUCGGAGAGGGAGGCCACGUCGGCCCUGAGGAACCUCGCCGCCGUCAGGGCGGAGCUGCAGGAGUUCAGGAGCACGCUGCAGAGCGAGCUCAUCCUCAGCGAGCGGGAGGUCAUCGCCGUCCUGGUGGUCUUCGUGCUCGAGGCUGUGCUUCUCCUGUACAGUGAACCGACAGAGCGCGUUCUGUGGUAGCCUGCAGGAGGGGAGGAGUCCCCGGCGCUCUCUGGCAGGGUCCAGGGGCUCGGGGGUCGCUCAGGAAACCGUCGGGGACGCUUCCAAGAGCUCGAAGAUGUUUCCCUUCGGUUUCAGAUGGGCGUCGGAGAGGCACCCC